AUGUCUGAACCUAACCAUAAGCCUUCUUUUCUUCAAAUAUACUUUGUUGGUGAUGAAUGUCAUGAAAGAGACAUCCGUUGUGGAAUUUAUCCUGGCGUUUAUCCGGAAUUAGUUCAUCAAUUGCAGAAGUUGUUAUAUCAGCAUAACAAAUAUCUUAAGGAUUUUAAGGCUGCAAUAGAUUCAAUUCCUAAAGAUCAAAAAGACUUCAAAGUAAUAAUUAAUGCUGACAGAAAACCGGCUGGAGAACAUAAGGGCCGUUUUAAUGCUCCUCAGGCAAAAGAAGUUGCAGUUCUCAUUGUCGGACAGGAUUUCGAAAAAAGAGACAUUGUUCUUCAAAGUAGAGACAAUAAGUUGAUGCGAAUUAGUGAAACACACCGCUCAUAUGAUGCUUUACAAUAUCCUUUGAUGUUCUGUUAUGGAGAAGAUGGCUAUCACAUCAAUAUAUCUAAGCGUGACGAGACGACUAAACUGCCUCUCGAUAAGACAGUAUCUGCUUCGGAAUUUUACAGCUUUAGGAUUAUGGAGCGUGAGAAUGAAGUGUGCUAUUUAUUGCGAUUCCGCAAUCUUUUAAAUCAAUUUUUAGUUGACAUGUACGCAAAAAUUGAGACUGAAAGACUUAACUAUAUUCGUAACAACCAAAAAAAACUGAGAAGUGAGGAAUACGUUCACUUGAAAGAUGCUUUGUCAAAAAAUGAUGAACAAUUAUCAACAAUGGGAAAAAUGGUUGUGUUGCCUUCUUCUUUUACUGGAGGACCCCGUUACAUGCAUGAGCGAACUCAAGAUGCAAUGACCUAUGUACGUCAUUAUGGACGGCCAGAUUUAUUUAUAACAUUCACCUGCAAUCCUAAGUGGCCGGAAAUAACGCAGCUUUUGAGUGAAGGUCAACAGUCUUAUGAUAGACAUGACAUCGUAGCGAGGGUUUUCAAUAUGAAAGUGAAACAUAUGAUAAAACUUCUUACAGUAGGUCGUAUCUUUGGUGACACAAGGUGUCACAUGUACACCAUAGAAUGGCAAAAACGUGGACUCCCUCAUGUUCAUAUUUUAUUAUGGUUAGAAGAGAAAAUGAGACCAGAGUCUAUUGACCAAAUUAUCUGCGCUGAGUUACCUGAUCCAGACAUAAAUCCAGAUCUUUAUCAAAUUAUCAAGACAACCAUGGUUCACGUUCCAUGUGGAUCUUUCAACUUAAAAUCACCCUGUAUGGUUGAUGGUAAGUGCACAAAAAAUUUCCCAAAGGAAUUCUUAAAAGAAACUCAAACAGGAGAUGACGGAUAUCCCAAGUAUCGUAGACGAUCACCAGCAGACGGAGGAAAAACUUUCAAACUUAACGGAGUUGAAAUCGACAACCGAUGGAUAGUGCCGUACAAUCCCGUUCUAUCCCAUACCUUCGGGACUCAUGUUAAUGUUGAGAGUUGUAACUCCGUAAAAGCCAUAAAAUACAUCUGUAAUUAUUUAAAUAAAGGAUCUGACCAAGCAUCGUUUACCGUUCAGGACUUUGAUGAGGUGACGAAGUACCAGGCGGGACGUUACAUCAGUAGCUCUGAAGCAGUCUGGCAAAUAUUUCGUUUUCCUAUUCAUGAUAGGUUUCCUUCGGUGAUGCAUCUUGCUGUACAUCUUGAAAAUGGUCAAAGAAUUUAUUUUACUGAGCAAGAUGUGAUUGAAAAAGUAAUUAAUCCAAAAAAAACAACACUAAUGGCUUUUUUUGAGCUUUGCCAAGUUGAUGACUUUGCAAAAACUCUUUUGUAUGUUGAAGUUCCAGCUUAUUACGUAUGGAAAAAUAACCGCUUUAAUAGAAGAAAAAAAGGUAGGGUUUAUACCGUGCAUCCCGGAAAUACUGAAUGUUAUCACCUGCGUCUUCUCCUACAUGAGAUUCGAGGUCCUACAUCAUUUUCUGCUUUGAAAACUGUUGAUGGAGUGAUUCAUCUAACAUUUCAAGCAGCAUGUAGAGCACUUGGUCUUCUAGAAGAUGACGCUAAUUGGUAUCGCACUCUGGAUGAAGCUUGCAUCUCUGAUUCGCUCUACAAGAUCCGUGAGCUGUUUGCCAUUAUGUUAUUUUUUUGUCAUGUUGACGACCCAUCGAAAUUAUGGGAGAAAUAUCGAGAUUAUUUUUCAGAAGAUAUAAAGAGAGAGGUAGAACGAGACGGUGGAAAUGUUGAGCUGUUACUUGACGUUAUUUACAACAAAUGUCUCAUACUACUUGAAGAUAUUGUUAUAUCAAUGUCUGGAAAAACACUUCUUCAGUUCGGCCUCCACUCUCCAACCCGAGAUGAAAGGUUAAUUGUCACUAAUCGUCAAUAUUUGCGUGAAUUGGCUUACGACACCGUCUAUUUAACUAAAGUUGUAGCUGAAAAUGUUCCUAAAUUAAAUCUAGAACAGAGAAAAGUUUACAAUGAAAUUUUAAAUUCGAUUAUAUCUGAUUCUGGGCAGUUGUAUUUUCUUGAUGCUCCAGGUGGUACUGGAAAAACGUUUUUAAUCAAUUUACUGCUUGCGAAAAUCAGGAGUGAAAAAAACAUCGCUAUAGCCGUUGCUUCUUCAGGAAUUGCUGCGACUUUGAUAGACGGAGGUAAAACAGCUCACUCUGCCUUUAAAUCACCUCUCAAUUUAGGUUAUUCUGAGUCUCCACUUUGUAACAUCUCUAAACAGAGUGAUAUGGCUCAUGUGCUGCGAGAAACAAAAAUUAUUAUCUGGGACGAAUGCACUAUGGCUCACAAAAAUGGUAUUGAAGCUCUAAACAGAUUGCUCAAAGAUAUUAGAGGUUGCGACCGAAUUAUGGGAGGAGUAACUGUUCUCUUGGCCGGUGAUUUUAGACAAACUUUGCCUGUUGUGCCACGAGGAACACGUGCAGAUGAAGUUAAAGCCUGUAUUAAGUCAUCAAUUUUAUGGCCUUCGGUCAAAGUUUUAUCUUUGACUAUCAAUAUGCGUGUUCAUCUUCAGCCAAAUUCGAAAGCAGAAGAGUUUUCAACAAUACUGAUUGAUAUAGCUGGCGAUAAUUGUAGUUCAUGGUUAAAGGAGAGAGCCAUCCUCACACCAACCAAUGAACAAGUCAAUUGUAUUAACAACUUUUUGCUGGAGAAACUGCCAACUGAGCAAGUAAGAUAUGAAUCGGUGGACAAAGUACUGGAGGAUGAAGAAGCUGUCCACUAUCCUGUUGAAUUCUUUCACACACUCAAUCCACCAGGGAUACCACCUCAUGUUCUUCAACUCAAGAUUGGCACUCCAAUAAUGUUGCUCCGCAAUUUAAAUCCGCCAAAAUUAUGUAAUGGUACCAGGCUUCAAGUCAAGGUCUUACACAAAAAUGUCAUUGAAGCCAUGAUUUUCACCGGAAAAUAUGAAGGAGAAACUGUAUUCAUUCCAAGGAUCCCUCUGAUUCCAUCAGAUUACCACUUCGAAUUUAAACAUCUGCAAUUUCCUGUCAAAGUUUGUUAUGCCAUGACGAUUAACAAGGCACAAGGGCAGAGUUUAAAGAUGACUGGUAUUGAUUUAAGAAAUGACUGUUUCUCUUAUGGCCAACUAUACGUGGCAUGCUCAAGAGUAAGUUCACCUGACAGCUUGGUCAUUCUUCAACCAAUAGGAAAAACGAAGAAUGUUGUAUAUAAAGAAGUUUUAAGUAUUUAA